AUAUCCGUAUCCGAUGCUCAGUCCUAAUAUGCCUCCAAAGUGUUCUCCUGGUGGGCUUUGUGGACACCUCUAACCGCAUGUUCACCCAACAGUUACGGCCCGGCGAUUCCUUUUUGUUCCCCAAAGGGCUGAUCCAUUUCCUGUACAAUAUGGACUCAAGAGGCCUGGCUCUGGCUGUAUCUGGGCUGAGCUGCCGAAACCCAGGUGCCCAAAUUGCUUCAACAGCAAUUUUCACAUCAAAACCAUACAUCCCUAAUGAAAUUGUGAAGAAGGCAUUCCUAAUCAACGGCCAUGAUAUUGCCAUAAUUCGCAAGAACCUUGGAGGGUGAUUGAUCAUGUCUUUUUCCUUUUCCUUUUUUUUUUUUUUUUUCCUUCAAAUGGGAUAAUAUAAUGAUGAAUCUAAC